AACAUCCCGUACGUAAGGUAAUAACGUCUAUACGUCGCGUGUCGUCACAGCAGCGUCGCUGACGUAUUUAAAUGUGAUGUAGCCGACAGGCUCGCUGGGACACCGGCGGCGCAGAGGUCGCUGACGGACUGUGCGUAAUGCCGACUGGACUCCACUGAUUCCAGCCGCAUCCUGCAGCCUGGGCGGCCUGUUCCUACAGAUGUUGGUCUGCAUCCUGCAGUGCAACUCUCCAUCAUAACCCGAUGCUCUCCGCCGGACCCGAACCCUUCACUUUGACGCCGUCCAGCUCGACCGGAGCCUGAUCGGAAGGAUGCAGGUGAAAAACCAGAUCUGCACCGAGCCGAGCGGCACCGACGACCCGGAGCAGGAUGACAACCAGAAGAAAACCUCGUGUUUUUCCAACAUAAAGAUCUUCCUGGUGUCGGAAUGCGCGCUGAUGUUGGCACAGGGCACCGUGGGCGCCUAUCUGGUAAGCGUUCUGACCACUCUAGAGAGACGCUUCAACCUCCAGAGUGCUGAUGUCGGCGUCAUUGCAAGUAGCUUCGAAAUCGGCAAUCUGGCUCUCAUCCUGUUUGUCAGCUACUUUGGUGCCAAGGCCCACCGACCCCGCUUGAUCGGCUGCGGGGGGAUUGUCAUGGCAUUGGGGGCGCUACUGUCAGCCCUGCCAGAGUUCCUGACACACCAAUAUGAGUAUGAGGCGGGUGAUUCUUGGCACGCUGAGGAUGGAAGGGACAUCUGUUCCAACAACUCCAGGCCAGAAAACAGAGACUCUGGCUUCAACUGUGGCAACAGAGCCAACACCAAUAUGAUGUACCUUUUGCUAAUUGGAGCCCAGGUUUUGCUCGGCAUCGGAGCCACGCCUGUCCAGCCUCUGGGGGUAUCGUACAUCGAUGACCAUGUCCACAAGAAGGACUCCUCACUGUACAUAGGUAUUUUAUUUUCGACCUUAGUGUUUGGACCAGCGUGUGGCUUCAUCUUAGGAUCCGUCUGUACCAAAAUCUAUGUUGACGCUGUCUUCAUUGACACCAGUAAGCUAGACAUCACCCCAGAUGACCCUCGCUGGAUCGGGGCCUGGUGGGGCGGCUUCCUCCUCUGCAGUGCCUUACUCUUCCUGUCGGCCCUUUUCAUGUUUGGCUUCCCACAAGCACUGGACGAGCAGGACAUGGACAAUGGAGGGGAGAGUGAGCAGCCCAUGCUGCCAUGUUCCCUGACCAUGGAUUUCCAGGGAUCUAAACCUUUUCUUGGCAUUGACAUGACCAGAGGACUGUCAGUGUGUGGACACCUGAGAGUGAUCCCACGGGUGACCCGGCACCUCCUCUCAAACCCGGUGUUCACCUGCAUCACUCUGGCAGCCUGCAUGGAGAUUGCCGUUGUUGCCGGUUUUGCUGCCUUCCUUGGAAAAUACCUGGAGCAGCAAUUUAACCUCACCACAUCCUCAGCCAAUCAACUGCUAGGAAUGACAGCGAUCCCUUGUGCAUGUCUCGGCAUCUUCCUGGGGGGGCUGCUGGUGAAGAAGCUGAAUCUGUCGGCUCUGGGCGCCGUGCGCAUGGCCAUGCUGGUCAACCUGGUGUCCACCGCCUGCUAUGUGUCUUUCCUCUUCUUAGGUUGUGACACUGGACCUGUGGCUGGAGUAACAGUCGCCUAUGGCAACGAGACGUUGCAGUCGUGGCAGCGGCCGGAGUCGGCGUGCAUCAGUAACUGUAACUGCUACACAGCGUCAGUGAGCCCCGUCUGUGGUUCCAACGGAGUCACCUACCUCUCAGCCUGCUUCGCCGGCUGCACCAAACCAAACCUGACUGGCUGUGUGUGCGUAGCCAGCAGCGGUGAUGAGGCCGUGGCGUUACCGGGGAAGUGUCCGAGUCCGGGCUGUCAGCAGGCCUUCCUCACCUUCCUGUGUGUGAUCUGCGUGUGCAGCAUGAUUGGAGCCAUGGCUCAGACACCUUCUGUCAUCAUCCUCAUCAGGACGGUCAGUCCAGAGCUUAAAUCUUAUGCACUUGGCGUGCUCUUCCUGCUCCUGAGACUGAUAGGCUUCAUCCCGCCACCUCUGAUCUUCGGCAUGGGCAUUGACUCCACCUGUCUCUUUUGGAGCUCAGUGUGUGGUGAGAAAGGAGCCUGUAUGUUGUACGACAAUGUAGCGUACAGGCACCUGUACGUCAGCAUCGCCAUCAUCCUCAAGUCGUCGGCCUUCCUCCUGUACACCACCACCUGGCAAUGUUUGAGAAAGAACUACAAGAAGUACAUCAAGAACAGUGAGGGGUACCUCACGCCCACUGAACUCUUCGCCUCUAAUGUGACUCUUGACAAUUUGGGCAAAGAGAUCACCCAGAAUCCGGUCAACAGGACAAAGUUCAUAUACAACCUGGAGGAUCAUGAGAUGUAUGACAACAUGGAGUCCCAUUUAUAGAUGGCAAG